UGCGAUCCUCAAUCCUACCACACGGGGGCGCCAGAACAAGUGCGGACGCGGGCGAGGCAGCGCAAGGUGGUUCUCGUCCGUUCCUCUCUCCCACCACCCUGAAAAAAAAAAAAAAGGAAUUGGGGCCGUCAGCACAAAUUGCUGUCACUCCCGGGCACAGCACUAAGUCUGGGUGACUGUGCUAAGUGAAGUGUGACAUUGUGGUUGUUAAGUAGGUGUGUCUCAGAGUCGGAGUGUAACUCGUUCACAGUAGGGACCCCUGUCUCCUUAUACAUGCCCCCUCUCAUGGCCAAUUUCUACCCCUUCCCAUGGCUGACGAAAUAAAUGGCUGCAGAGCCUGCUCCUUCAACCUGCUUCAGGUUCUUUUUCUUCCCUCCCCCUGCCCCCAUCCCUCUUCUCUUUCCUCUCUCCACCUUUUCUCCGCAGAGCUGAUGGGGUUUCUUCUGGGAAAGUCAAGCCACUGAUGGAAGGGAGAAGCCACUGCUGGUUAUAGAGAGAAAGCACACACGAACUGGUUUGAACGGACACGAUCCAGAGGCACACACGUCGUCAAUCUUUCCCCUUUCUCUUCCGGCUAGGACCCUUUCCAAGGUGCAGGCCGGGAGCGACGCUUAUCCUCCAAUCAUUGGACUUCCACCGUCCACCAGGCACCCGCCCGCUUCCCCAUGAAUGAACAUUGACGUCAAUGGGGCGGGGCUAGCCCACGUGACCCCGCGCGCUCCCCUUUAUAAGACAGCGGCGGCGCGGGCGCUGUCCAGCGUGCUGAAGCCGGAGCGAGAGCGCUGUUGCUGACCCAGCUGAGCCCAGCUCUUAGGACUCCAGCCCUCGACCAUCGCUCAUACUCCAGCCACGGAACGGAGCCAAGGCGGACCGGUCCCGAUUUUCCCCCUGCCCCGACCCUCCUCUCCACCUCCCGCCGUCGUGACACCGGCUGUCCCUGGCAGCCCGUUGGUCAUGAAAACCUUCACGUUGCCGGCAUCCAUCCUCUUCUGCUUCCUUCUACUGAUCCAGGGGUUGGGAGCAGCGCCCCCCGGGCGCUCCGAUGCUUAUCCUCCUCCCCUCGGUUCUGAGCAGAAUGGGCAGGUAGCUGAGGACGCAGUAUCCCGGCCAAAGGAUGACAGCGUCCCAGAGGUCCGAGCGGCUCGGAAUUCCGAGCCUCAGGACCAGGGAGAGCUCUUCCAGGGCGUGGAUCCCCGGGCGCUGGCCUCGGUACUGUUGCAGGCACUGGACCGUCCGGCCUCGCCCGCGGCGGUCCCCGGAGGUUCCCAGCAGGGAACACCCGAAGAAGCAGCAGAAGCUCUGCUGACCGAGUCCGUGCGCAGUCAGACCCAUAGCCUCCCGGCGCCAGAAAUCCAAGCGCCCGCUGUGGCCCCCCCUCGCCCUCAGACUCUGGACAACGAUCCCGAGGAGGACGACCGCUCAGAAGAACUGGAGGCGCUAGCAUCCUUGCUCCAAGAACUUCGAGAUUUCAGUCCGAGCAAUGCUAAGCGCCAGCAAGAGACAGCGGCAGCAGAGACUGAAACCCGCACGCACACGCUGACCCGAGUCAAUCUGGAGAGCCCCGGGCCAGAGCGCGUAUGGCGCGCUUCCUGGGGAGAGUUCCAGGCGCGCGUUCCGGAGCGCGCUCCUCUGCCGCCCCAGAUCCCCUCUCAAUUCCAGGCUCGAAUGUCCGAAAGCGCUCCCCUUUCCGAAACCCAUCAGUUCGGGGAAGGAGUGUCCUCCCCUAAAACACAUCUAGGUGAGACUUUGACACCCUUAUCCAAGGCGUACCAAAGUCUAGGUGGCCCCUUCCCUAAGGUGCGCCGGCUCGAGGGUUCAUUCCUGGGCGGCUCAGAGGCAGGAGAGCGCCUGCUUCAACAAGGGUUAGCUCAGGUGGAGGCAGGGAGGAGACAGGCGGAGGCCACCCGGCAGGCCGCGGCGCAAGAAGAGCGGCUGGCCGACCUCGCCUCCGACCUGCUGCUCCAGUAUCUGCUGCAGGGCGGAGCCCGGCAGCGCGAUCUCGGGGGUCGCGGGCUGCAGGAGACGCAGCAAGAGCGCGAGAACGAGAGGGAGGAGGAGGCGGAGCAGGAGAGACGCGGUGGUGGGGAGGACGAUGUGGGGGAAGAGGAUGAGGAGGCGGCGGAGGCGGAGGCGGAGGCAGAGGAGGCGGAGAGGGCGCGGCAGAACGCGCUCCUGUUCGCCGAGGAGGAGGACGGGGAAGCCGGAGCCGAGGACAAGCGCUCCCAGGAGGAGGCGCCAGGCCAUCGGCGGAAGGAUGCUGAGGGGGCAGAGGAGGGCGGGGAGGAGGAUGACGACGACGAGGAGAUGGAUCCGCAGACGAUCGAUAGUCUCAUUGAACUGUCCACCAAACUCCACCUGCCAGCAGACGAUGUGGUCAGCAUCAUCGAAGAGGUGGAGGAGAAACGGAAGCGGAAGAAGAACGCCCCUCCCGAGCCGGUGCCGCCCCCCAGGGCUGCCCCAGCCCCGACCCAUGUCCGCUCCCCGCAGCCCCCACCUCCCGCCACGGCCCGGGAUGAGUUGCCGGACUGGAACGAAGUGCUCCCACCCUGGGAUCGGGAGGAGGAUGAGGUGUUUCCCCCGGGGCCCUAUCACCCCUUCCCAAACUACAUUCGGCCGCGGACACUGCAGCCGCCCGCAUCCUCCCGCCGCCGUCACUUCCAUCACGCGUUGCCACCUGCGCGCCACCAUCCCGAUCUGGAGGCCCAGGCCAGGCGCGCGCAGGAGGAAGCGGACGCGGAGGAGCGCCGGCUGCAGGAGCAGGAGGAGCUGGAGAAUUACAUUGAGCACGUGCUGCUGCACCGCCCGUGACCCGCCCCGGCCCCGCCUCCGCGCGCCCGCUCCCAGCUGCGCGCGCCACCACGCCCCCCCUCCGUGUCGCUCCUCCUCCCUCUCGGUGUUUGCAUGCGCCUUGGCUCCGUCCCUCGGCUGCCGCCCGGCCCCGCCCCACAAGGCCCCGCCUCGGGUUCUGUCAACACUGGACCUGUCAGACUCCCCGGGGUCUGCAGUCUAGAACACCCAAAACUCGCGGGAGAUCCCGGGGCCAGCCCAGGCGGGUGUGUGGUUUGUGCGAGUCCCCUUACACCCCCACUUCCUCCAGGGGCCUCGUCCCCAUCUAGUUUCUCUAGCGACUUCCCCGUCCCAAACGGGGAAAAGCUGUUCUAUUUAAUCGUGUGAAGUAUCUGUCUCCCAGCCUUGGGGCCCCCGGAGCCUCCCCUCUCCAAACCGCUGUGAACUCACCCACUUCUCCUUCUCUGUUGUAAAUACCCCUCACGGAGGAAAUAGUUUUGCUAAGAAAUAAAAGUGACUAUUUUAUUAGGA